AUGGUUGCAUUCCCUGUGGAAACUGCAUCCUCUUUGGAUCCUGAGCAACUUGAGCAGAGACGAUUAACGGAGACCGUGGCAAAUGAAACUAUAGAGAAUUUUGUAACCUGCAUCCACAGGGCCAGACUUGCAGGAUUGUCUCGGGACAUCAUAGUAUCAUGGUCCAAAAGUUUAAUGGGCCACUCUCUUCACGUCUUGGUUGAGAACCCUUCUGAGGAAAAUCAUUCAACAUGCAAAAUAGAUCUCAAGACCUGGCAGUUUUGGGGCAAAAAAGGUCUAAAAUCCUUCAAAGUUGGUGAAAGAAGAGUGGAUGUCUUUUGGGAUUUAAGGACAGCAAAAUUUUCCAGCAGCCCGGAACCAGUCUCUGAUUACUAUGUUGCUUUGGUCUCUGAAAAAGAGCUUGUUUUAUUGCUUGGUGAUCAAAAGACAGAAGCAUAUAAAAGAACCAGGUCAAAACCGUCACCGAUGGAUGCUGCAUUAGUGCAUAAGAAAGAGAGUGUUUUUGCCAAGAGAUGUUUUUGCACCAGAACCAUGUUAGGCAAAGGUAAAAGGGAACAUCACAUCAUAAUCGAGUCCGCUCUAUCAGGGCCUUAUGAUCCUGAAAUGUGGAUUAGUGUGGAUGGCGUUGAGUCGCUACGAAUUCCCAACUUGCAUUGGAGAUUCAGGGGAAAUGAAACUCUAUUAGUGGAUGACGUGCCUGUACAGAUUUUCUGGGAUGUGCACGAUUGGUUAUACAAUAGCAAUGAAUCAGGACCUGGGACAUUCAUUUUCAUGCAAGGUACUCUUGAAUGUGAAUUUGAUAACGACUAUGGUAGAAGAAAUUUAGACCAUGAUGCUCCAAGUGGUGAAAAUUGUGAUUUAAGACCGGAAGAAUUAUCCUGCACUGAAUUCUGCCAUUUCCUUUAUGCUUGGAUGACAGAAUGAGUGGGAUUAUUAUGGUCUGGAAAUUUUUGUAACAUGUACUGGUGAUUUUCUCCUUGGUUAUC